CCCCCGCCUCUUGGGCCAAACUCCGACCCAUCGCCAUUACUCCUUUGGGCCCCACCCUGCUGUGUAAAAGCUUUGUCGGCUUCCCAGGCCCCUGCCCCCCAGGGUUUAAACACUGGGCAGUUCGGCAACAUGCCCCUCCUCUUCCACCCAACACUCCCCUCGUCAGUUUCUUCGACUUCGUCCAACCCCACCUCGACAAGCGCAAACCCUCCGUCCCCAAAGCAUCUUCUUUGAUUUCAAGAAGUUUUCCGCCUGGUGGCCCACACUACGGUCACUCAAAAGCAGGCAGCUUCCACGGGCAUCGGGGAGUGCCUCACCCUUUUUGGUUUUGGCGGGAUUUUCCCUCUCCAACAGGAAAACAGGCCGUGCGCGUGCAGGCGCCCCCUCGAAAAACCCCCUCUCCUGGACCACCGAAAAUCACGCCACCAUCAAUGCUAAAGUCAGUUGAGAUGCAUUUCGACUUCUCCCCCAAAAACCCCCCCCCCUCCCCCAUCCUCACGCUGGAAAAACCCAAUCCGCUCGACGUAGCCCGUUCCCCCAAGCUGCUCGGCGUCACCACCGAUAAGCCUCCGGGCCCAAAGAAAGCCCGGGGCCCCUCGUGA